UCUGACAGAUGUCAGAGAAACAUCAGCAGGCUUCAGUGAGUGUCUCAGCUUUUCAUCGACCAUUUGAAGAAAAAGACGACGACGGCAACGGCGGAAGGUGAUCAUGAAGAUUUAUUUACUGAUGCUGGCUGUUGUCAUUUCAUCAUCUGAGGGACAGUUAAGGGAUGAAGAACACUAUGAUAAUGAGGAUUAUGGUAAGGAUUAUCCAAACUCCACAGAUGACCUCAGUCUCCUCUGGGGUUUGACAGCGAGAAGAACAAAACACAAAUAAAGGCAAACUAUCCAAUCUAUCAGAAGCAGAGAGCUUUGAAUGGGAUUUCCAAAAUGAACCAACCACUCCAGGUAACUCAAUCAUUCCAUUGUUUGAAAGUAAAAAUUCCUUAUUGGAAACAAAAACAUCCAAACGUCUGCUCACUUCUACAGUUUGUCUCCUUCAUAGUAGAUUGAUUCCGUUAAUAAACAUUUUCCUAAAUAGUUCAUUCUCUUAAUUAUUAGUUCAAAGUCUUCUUUAAUACAGGGGAUAAACCAUGAUGUCCAUAUUGUUGCUUUAAUGCUCCUGAUCUCUGCAAAGCAUGUUGAAUUGUUAGUUUUUUACCAGCUUUGAUUGUUCACCAACUCGUCCCUACAUCAUUUUAUAGCCACUUGUUUUGACUUGGACUAUGAAAAUAAAUAGUUUUAAUGUUUUAUGUGAUGUUGUUGACAUUCAAUGGCUGACAUCUCUUCCUUUAGAUCAACAUUACUAUCAUUGUAUGGAGACAACAUUUCAUUGGGGAGAAUCAGCCAUGAAGCAAUAGACAGGAUAUAAAAAGGUUUCCCUCUCUUUACUAUCAAACAGCUGCUUUAACACAGGAAACGCCCAAAAUAACAAAAGUCUUUAGGGUUGAAAAGUAAAAACAAAACAUCUGCUGAAACGUGAAGUGCUGAUGCAUGAAAUACUAGUUCCUCUCUUGAUAACUUUCGGUCGGCUAUAUAAGACACAGACGAGAUCUGACAGACGUCAGAGAUACAUCGGCAGGCUUCAGUGACUGUCUCAGCUUUUCAUCGAACAUUUGAAGAAGAAGACGGAAGGUGAUCAUGAAGAUUUACCUCCUGAUGCUGGCUGUUGUCAUUUCAUCAUCUGAGGGACAGUUAAGGGAUGAAGAACACUAUGAUAAUGAGGAUUAUGAUCUAUCAGAAGCAGAGAGCUUUGAAUGGGAUUUCCAAAAUGAACCAACCACUCCAGUUCUGGUCAUUUCAAGUCUCACCAGAGGGCAAAGUGAUGAUAAUGUAACUUCACAUGUCAAAGAAGAGACGACUCUUAAUACAACAAUGGUGGACACCAGCAAUAAAGGCUCACAGACUACAGCCCCCGUCAGUACAACGAUCCGGGGAAAGAAAAAUGGUGAUGUUCAUCCUGGGGUGAUAACUACGGCUUCUACUGCAGAAGCCAGUUCUUCACCAAACCCAGAGACGACUCUUAAUUCAACAAAGGAAGACCCCGGCAGUAAUGGCUCACAGACUACAGCCCCCGUCAAUACAACGAUCAGGGGAAAGGAAAAUGGUGAUGUUCAUCCUGGGGUAAUAACUACGGCUUCUACUGCCUCACCAAACCCAGAAAAAACUGAAGUGGAGGGGAGUUCGUCCUGGGCUUAUGUGAUCUUGUUUUUGAUCAUCCUGGUGAUCAUUGUUCUGUGCAUCAUCCUCUACUUACUCCGGAGAGUCUCAAGGUCAUACUCAUUCGACCUCCAGCGUCAUGUUCCACCCAACCGCCACAAUGAACCCGCCGGCACCUUCGGACAGGUCUACCUGGACGACCUGGAUCUAUCAGACCCUAAAGAUCAAGUCAUCAGCGAUGACCUUUCAUCUGCUCCAGUUGUCAAUGGCACGACUCUUCAGCUGGAGGAUAAGAUUUCCAAAGGAGAGACCGCUCCGGAGGAAAAGCCUGAUGAAAAUGGCAUCGAGACUUCGCCUACCAGUAACACCAGUAGUCCACUGGGCGAUGAUCAAGCCGACAACCGAUCGACCAACAGCACCAAUCUGUUCUUUGACGCCAUCAUGGGAGAGGAGCAGCAGAACGAGAACAACAACAACAACCCGUCUGUUUGCUCCAGAGACCCGUUUGUUGAAAUAAACCUGGAGGAGCCGGCGUUGAGCGACCAGCUCCUCACUCUUCCAGAGGGGUCUUCUUCUCCGCUCUCCUUCUCUCCUUUCUCCUUCUCCUCGUCUUCGUCCUAGCACCUUCACUGAAGACUCGACCGGUGUUCGAGGACGCAGCGACUGCGUCAUGAAGAAAAUCUAAAGAAUUAUUGUGUAUUAUAUCCGACCACGUCAAACAGUCUGACAGGGUAUUCUUUCUCCAGAUGAAGGUUGUCUCGCUGCAGCCAUCUUAUCCUAAGCUCCACAAAAACACUCCGUCAAAAAGUUAGCCUGAAUCCUCCGUUAGCUAGCUACAGCAGGCCAUGCAGUACUAAAUGUUUUAUGGGAUAAAAUAGCAUUUAUCAAAUUUGUCUGUUUUGAAAGAAUGAGCUGGGCCUGCUAUUGUCAAGAAUUAUUUCAAACAUAAACAAUAUGUUGCUAGCAAGCUAAUAAGCCUCCUGUGGUGUCAUUCUCUGGUGUUUCCUGUACAAAGUUAUGUUCAAGCGCACAACUAAAGAGCCACAGUUAUAGUCAAUAUGCUGUGUUACAAACUAGCAAGCCCAACAACAACAAUGUUUAGCUGUAGCCUUAUGAUGCUAAAGCUAGCAGCUAGCUUUAAUCCAUUUUAAUCAGGAAACGCUCUCUCAAACAAAAGAUAUGUUUCUAGCAAGCUAAUGAGAACCUGCCCCCUGAAGUGUAAUUAUCUGGUGUGUCCACCAAGUAAUCUUUUAAUGCACAACCAGAGAGCCACAGUUACUCUCCUAAUUUUGUUGUACAAACUAGCAAGCCCAACGACAAUUUUUUUUAGCUUAAGCUUUAGCUUUACGCUGUUAAAGCUAGCAGCUAGCGGUAAUCCCUUUUAAUCACUCUUUCUCAAACAAAAAAUGUGUUUUAAACAAGCUAAUAUACAUCUUCUGAAGCCUAAAUUGCUUAAGAUGUAUGCUGCUAAAGCAAGAAGCUAGCCCUACACACAAUAUGUUUAUAGUAAGCUAAUAAAUCUACUGCCUAUUUACAAAAAACAUUUUUUAUUUCAAAACUAGAGCGCUAGUUUUAUCUACAGUAGGUUGGGUAGAAUCAGUUAUAUAUGAACCAGUUUCUCGCCCUCUUCAUUCGUUGGAUUGUUGACGAGGUGCGUCCAAAUGGCCGUGUGGGGUUCACCUUGAAACCGCCUACCUUCUCUGGUCCAAACAAAUCCAGAGCAUUCAGGACCAGAAUCUAACACAGCAUGUUUUCUUAAUG